GGUUAUUCUCCUGAAUGAGCGGGCAGCAUCUUCUGCGAAACCAUAUAUAGAGCCUCGUCCUCCCCCGGAAGCAUACUUUCUGUCCACUAUACCAAACAUAUUCACUCUCGCUAUUCACCAUCAUGAAAUAUAGUUCUCUUGCCGUCGCCGCGACACUAUCCGGCCUGGCUCAAGCCAGUCCCAGUCCUAAGCUGGUCACUCGUGCCGACACCGUGCAGGGUUUUGACAUCUCAAACCACCAAAGUUCGGUCGACUUCGCGGCCGCAUACAAAGACGGCGCUCGUUUCGUCUACAUAAAGGCCAGCGAAGGCACUGGCUUCAAAGACCCCCUUUUCAGCUCGCACUAUCAAGGCGCCACCGAGGCCAAACUCCUCCGCGGCGGCUACCACUUCGCUCUGCCCAACAAGUCUUCCGCUUCCGAGCAAGUGAAAUAUUUUAUUUCCAACGGUGGCGGCUGGACAAAGGACGGCAUCACCCUGCCCGGUAUGCUCGACAUCGAAUACAACCCGUACGGCGCGACCUGUUACGGCCUCACCCACUCGGCCAUGGUUGCCUGGGUGAAGGAAUUCGUCGAUACAUACCGCGACGAAGUCGGCGUGUAUCCUUUGCUGUAUACCAACUUGGACUGGUGGACGCAAUGCACCGGCAACGCGGCUGGCUUCGGUGACAAGACUCCGCUGGUUCUCGCGGCGUAUAGCAGCUCGGCGCCGUCGAACAUCCCCGGCGACUGGCCCACCUACACCAUCUGGCAGAACUCCGACAGUUAUAAGUACGGCGGUGACUCGGAUAUUUUCAACGGGUCGGAGGAGCAGUUGUUGAAGAUUGCGCGGGCGGAUUAGGAAGGUUCUUGGGGUCCGAUGUAGGUAUGGUAUUCUGGAUCGUUUGAACUCGAUGGAGACGAGGCUAUGUAAUGGUUAAGAUGUAAUUUCGCCAGCAAUGAAGAUCAAUGGAUCAUAUCUAAUGCGAAUUCCUCCGGAUUUAAUUCAAAGAAAAAGAAAAGGGUGGGUAUCUCGGAGGUACAGCGAUGCAAGGGACAGGGGACGGUGGGACAAUAUCUGAUCUUCGCUGUUGCACUGCUAGUCGCAGCAAUAAUUGGUGGAACCAAAUCGAUAUUGCUUCCUGUGACUUUAGUCGCACAAUCACAGACGGUCAGUAGCCCCUGAGCCGAUAAUCCUUCCUCCCGAUUGCUGCACAUACCGGACAUGCGACCCG